ACAGUGGUGACACUCAUAUUGACUUCUAUCAGUCUUAUUGAGAGAUACACUCUUGAAAAUUUCAAACCCUUUUCUUUACUUCCCAGCAAUAUUUAAUAACUUAAAACUUCAACAUGCGUGAGUGUAUCUCUGUUCAUGUCGGCCAGGCUGGUGUCCAGAUGGGCAAUGCCUGUUGGGAGUUGUACUGUCUGGAACACGGUAUCCAACCUGAUGGUCAGAUGCCGUCUGAUAAAACUAUUGGAGGUGGGGAUGAUUCCUUCAACACUUUCUUCAGCGAGACUGGUGCUGGUAAACACGUACCAAGAGCUGUGUUUGUCGACUUGGAACCCACUGUAGUCGACGAGGUACGAACUGGAACCUACCGUCAACUCUUCCAUCCUGAACAACUCAUCACCGGCAAAGAGGAUGCCGCAAACAACUACGCCCGAGGCCACUACACUGUUGGUAAAGAACUAAUCGAUUUGGUUCUUGACAGAAUUAGGAAGCUUGCUGAUCAAUGCACUGGUCUUCAAGGUUUCCUCAUCUUCCACAGCUUCGGCGGAGGAACCGGAUCAGGUUUCUCUUCCUUGUUGAUGGAACGUUUGAGCGUCGACUAUGGCAAGAAAUCCAAACUUGAAUUCGCCGUCUAUCCCGCUCCUCAAGUAUCCACAGCUGUCGUUGAACCCUACAACUCCAUCCUGACAACCCAUACCACCUUGGAGCAUUCUGAUUGCGCCUUCAUGGUAGACAAUGAAGCCAUCUACGAUAUUUGCCGACGAAACUUGGACAUUGAAAGACCAACCUACACCAACUUGAACCGACUGAUUGGACAAAUCGUUAGUUCAAUCACCGCUUCUCUCCGAUUUGACGGUGCCUUGAACGUCGAUCUUACUGAGUUCCAGACCAACUUGGUACCUUACCCACGUAUCCAUUUCCCUUUGGCCACCUAUGCCCCAGUCAUCUCUGCUGAGAAGGCUUACCAUGAGCAACUGUCUGUUUCUGAAGUCACCAACGCCUGUUUUGAACCAGCCAACCAGAUGGUAAAAUGUGAUCCUCGCCAUGGUAAGUACAUGGCUUGUUGUAUGUUGUACAGAGGUGAUGUUGUUCCAAAGGAUGUCAACGCUGCUAUUGCCACCAUCAAGACCAAGAGAACCAUCCAAUUCGUCGACUGGUGUCCAACUGGUUUCAAAGUGGGAAUCAACUACCAACCACCAACCGUUGUCCCAGGAGGUGAUUUAGCCAAGGUCCAGAGAGCUGUUUGCAUGUUGAGUAACACCACUGCUAUUGCCGAAGCUUGGGCUCGUCUGGAUCACAAAUUUGAUCUUAUGUACGCCAAGAGAGCUUUCGUCCAUUGGUACGUCGGUGAGGGUAUGGAAGAAGGUGAAUUCUCUGAAGCCAGAGAAGAUUUGGCUGCUCUUGAGAAAGAUUACGAAGAAGUCGGAGUUGAUUCUGUUGAAGGUGAGGAGGAAGAGGGAGAAGAAUAUUAAAGUACAGAUUUGAAACUGAUUGACCCAAUUACCAUAUUGUAUUUACCUCAAUCUUGAAUAAAGUAAUUUAUUGAGACCUGCA